AUGGGUCAAAGGCUUCUUAAAAAUCUGCUUACUUCCAAUCACAAAGUCACAGUUUGGAAUCGAACCCCUGAGAAAUGUGAAGAGUUUGCUAAAGUUGGGGCUGAGCUUGCACAUACUCCAAGUGACGUGGUUGAGAACUCUGACAUAAUUUUUUGCUGUGUUUCUGGUCCUGAGGCCUCAAAAAGCCUGGUUUUUGGAAACUGUGGCAUUCUUUCAGGUCUUGAAAAGUCGCCACCUGGAUCAAAAAGUUAUGUUGAAAUGACUACAUUGGAUCCAACUACAUCAAUAAACAUUCACGAAGCUAUCACAAGUAAAGGUGGGAAUUAUCUUGAAGCUGCAAUCUGUGGAUCUAGAAAACCCGUAGAAGAUGGAAUUUUGUUAAUUUUGUGUGCAGGCGAUAAGAAUGUUUUUGUCUCUUGUGACAGUUGCUUUUUUACCUUGUCAAAAAAUGUAUAUUAUCUUGGAGCCUAUGUUUGCUUUGCUUCUCAGAUGAAUCUGAUUCUUAGUACAAGAGUGGUAGAAUCACCUGCUGCCUUGUUAGAAGCCUUGGACCUUGUUGAGCGUUGCAAUCUUUCUGAGGCCAGUUUCUUUGAAAUUAUGGAACCAAUAUGUUCACCUCUUCUUAUAGAAAAAGGAGAAGCCAUAUUAUCACGUAUCUUUAAAACUAAUACUGCUCUUAAGUACCAACAAAGAGAUAUAAUUUCGGCUCUUACAUUUUAUAUAGACCGUGGACACCCAAUGUCAGUCACGACAGCAGCAAAUGAAGUGUUCGAACGUGCUAAACUUCGAAAUUAUUCUGACCGUGAUGUAUCUGCUGUUUACAUGGGAACUGAGUAUUAG